AUGCCACAGCAGACGAAAAUCGCGCCGACCAGCUUCGCAAGCCUGUUCCUUACGGAACACAAGCUACGUGGCGUAAUACGAAUAACAUACGGGUAUAAACGCAAAGACGAUGAACCAACUAUCGAGGAGGAGCGAGAGGGGCUCAAUCCAAUUGGAAGGAAGAUUGGUGAGGCACAAGUGAAGCUAGCAGAGGCACAGAGCAAAAGGCAGUCGGACUUUAAACGGCAACUCGACGAAGCGGAGGAGACUUACAAAGCCACCUUGAAGGUGAAAGAUGAGGAAUUUACGCGAAAUCUAGAGAAGACGGUGGAAGCGAAGCUCGCUCAGCAAACUCUGUCUCAUAAUACCGCUCUGGUCAAGAAAUAUGGCGAGUUUACGCAGAUGCUUGGUGGACAGACCGAGGCUCACAAAGCCGAAAUCGAGCACCUUAAGAAGCAAGUCCAUGACGAGAUGGAGGCCCGCGCAUCAGACGUGGAGCACCUUGAGGAGAGACUCGCUGACCGGGAUGAGGCCUACCGAGCCGCGCUGCAGCAGGUGAGAGAUCUCGAGCGUCGACUUCGUGAUCAAAAGCAGGAAAACCAACUCGCGCUCGAAGAAUGCGAUCGCCGACUUGGUCAAGAGUUAAAGGCGCAAAAGGAGGCUCAAGAGGAGUCUCAUCAGAACGAUAUACGAAACCUGGCUGCAGAGUUCGGCACAUUGCUCACAGGGACUCAGAGGGUUACCUCUAUGCUGCAGACAGCGAUCACGCCGAGGGGUGAAGCUCAGGCCGACGUCGAAAGGCUCACCGCCGAGUUAAAGACUGCCAUCGCGGCAAGACAAGCAGCAGAAUCAGAAGCUCAGCGACUCGGCACUACGUUACAAAUGACGGAAGCCCAAGUCCGAAGCCUCAAGAGCACGCUCGAACAAGUAACGGCAGAUGCCGAUAUGCUCAACGAUGAGCUGCAGAAGGCGGUAGCGGCGAGGACAGGCUCUGCAGACGAAGUUCAGAAUCUUAAGAACAAGCUGCAAAUAGCCCUCACAGCAAAGAAUGCAGCCAUCACGGCAAAGGGGGAAGCAGAAGAUAGGGCCCAGCGUGUCACCACCGAUCUAAAGACGGUGACUGCGGCCAGGGACGAGGCGCUAGCUGACGUCCAAGAACACGACGCUCUUGUUCGCCGCGUGGUAGCGGUGGCGAGUAGUGAUCGGGAGCUGCUCAAGGAACGCGAAGGCCAGCUCAAGUUAGCAAUCUCAACCAUCCGGAUGGCCGUAGAGAAGUAUACGAAGCGUGAAGCUGCGUGGAAAGCUGCCGUCGAGCAUGUCAGCGCGGACGCUGUUAAGAGGUACUGUCGUCUCGGCGCGCUUUUCCUAAUCUUCAACACUCGGCUAUUGCACGUGGUCGAGGAGCCGCUGGAUUGA